AUGCCAGUACCACGCUGCUUCAUAGUCCGCCACGGUGAGACCGAGUGGUCCCUCAACGGCCGACACACCGGCAUCAGCGACAUCCCGUUGACAGCGAAUGGCGAGAAGAGAGUGACAGCCACAGGCAAGGCGCUUGUAGGUGACGAUCGACUGAUUGCGCCAAAGAGGCUGGAUCAUGUUUAUGUAUCGCCCCGAAAACGAGCCCAACGCACCUUCGAACUACUACAGAUCGGAUGCAUGCAGAGGCUGCCAUGGAAGGAACACGGAGAUGAAGCCGAAACCAAUAACCAGCCCAUCGCAACUCAGGCAAAUAUCGAUAUUACAGAGGCCAUUCGCGAAUGGGACUAUGGCGACUAUGAGGGCUUGACAAGCGCGCAGAUCAAAGAGCUGAGAGCACAGCAAGGGCUGGGACAUUGGGACAUUUGGAGAGAUGGGUGCCCGGGGGGAGAAUCCCCAGAAGACGUCUGCCGCCGCCUCGACGCGUUUAUCGCUGAUAUUCGAGCUAAGCACCACAAAGCCUGCUUCGAAAACGUUAAGGACGAUAGCAAAAAGGGCGAUGUUCUGGUCGUGGCUCACGGCCAUAUUCUAAGAGCCUUUGCGAUGCGCUGGACAGGAAAACCGCUGACAGAAACGGCACUCAUUCUCGAGGCUGGCGGUGUUGGAACAUUGAGUUAUGAGCAUCACAGCAUCGAAGAACCGGCUAUUAUUCUCGGUGGUGCUUUUGUCGUCGAGGAUUAA